UGUUAAUCGAUUCUUACAUUUAUCGAUAAAUUCACUGAGUAAAUAUUUGGAAAUUUUCAAUUUGAUUGUGAGACGAUCUUGAUUAGUUAUUUGGGCGUUAAUCUAAGUGCAUCUUUAUUAAUUGUUCCAAGUUGAUAGUCGACAAUCAAUAGUAAACAAUGAAAAUGAUUAUUUUGUAAGAGAGAAAGUAAGUGAGUGAGUGAGAAGAAAAUCAUAUUAAACCAAUGAGAGAUUCUUGAUUGUUGGCAUUUGAUUUUAAUUCUCCUAAUUGUCAACUUGAUUGUUUUUAUUAUCAAAGAAAAUGUUACAAUUUUCAGUUAAUUGUUUACUCUUUUUAAUCGUCACCAUUUUUCUGACUGAAAAUUCUGUUAAUUGUUCAUCUGACCAAAAAGGACUCUUGUUGACACCUCUAAUUAAAGCGGGUCGAGUCCACGAAGCUCGUGCAAGGUCAAGGGUUUAUCUUCCGAACGCCCCACCGGUGGAAAGUUAUUCUGGUUAUCUAACUGUUAACGAGGAAAAUGGGUCAAAUCUUUUCUUCUGGUUUUUCCCAUCAAAGAAUGUUUCUGCUCCGGUCGGUCUUUGGUUACAAGGUGGACCUGGUGCUGCAUCGACUUAUGCCCUUUUCAACGAAAAUGGACCUUUCAAGGUACAAUCGAACUUGACUUUAACCCUUCGAGAAUAUCCUUGGACCGAUCUAUUUGCCUACCUUUACAUUGACCAGCCCGCUGGAACGGGUUUCUCUUACACCGAAAAGGAGGCCGGUUACGUUAAGAACCAAGUCGAGGUGGGUCGUGACCUUUACCAAGCUUUGUUACAAUUUUAUACCCUCUUCCCUGAAUGGAGACCCAACGACUUUUAUGUAACCGGUGAAUCUUAUGCUGGUAAAUAUGUUCCCGCAAUCGGUUACAAAUUACACCAAGAGAGAGAAUCGUCUGGAAUUAAUUUCAAAGGUGUCGCCAUUGGAAAUGGCCUUGUUUCGGGUGCUCUUAUGUUCCGUUAUUCUGAAAUUCUUUACCAAGUAGGUCUAUUUGAUUAUCGACAACGCGAUCAAGGUUUAGCAAUCGAAGCAGCAAUUCGUAAGGCAGCCGAUGAGGAACGAUGGAAAGACUGUUUCUACCUUUCAGAUCAAUUAUUGGCCGGUGAUCGAACCCCGUCUCUGUUUACCAAUGUAACCGGAAUUACCAACUAUUUCAACUCUCUGUUAACAGUUAAUCCCGUUGAUACAACUUAUUCCGAUAAAUAUUUGGCCAUUGAUGCCGUUAGGGAAGCUCUUCAUGUCGGUAAUCGUACCGUUGACCCUGGAGAUCAAGUUUACAAUCAUUUGUUGGAUGAUUUUUGCCAAUCGGUUUCUCCGUGGGUCGAAACUCUUGCCGAUGCAGGUUACGAGGUUCUACUUUACUCUGGUGCCCUUGACAUCGUUGUUGGGGCCACUUGUACCGAAACUUUACUCCAAACCCUCCGUUGGAAUGGUGCUCAGGGCUUUAAUCAAGCUGAACGGAAAAUUUGGCGACUCGAAGGUGAACCAAUUGAAGUUCAAGGUUUUAUCACUUCUUAUCAAAAUUUCCACUAUGUUGUAGUUCGUAACGCAGGUCAUAUGGUUCCUCACGAUCAGCCCAAAGCCGCUUUCGAGAUGAUCAACAAAUUUGUCAACCGAAAACUUUAAGUAACAAUCUCGACAAAUCAACUAAUCCAGAUACUCUAAUCUCAAGUGUAAUUAGUGUUGUUAAUCAUUAGCAAUCUUUUAAUUUCUCAACGGGAUUUAUUUUACUAUCUUUUCCUGAUUCUUUUAAUUGUUAACUAAACAAUCCUAAUUGUUUUAUUUUCUUAUCAUCAACAAGAUUAAAUCUCUUGACAAUUAA